AGCAGUGCGUCCUUUGCUCAAGGCUUCGUUCUGGGCCAAUUGACACUGGCCCUGAUCCUGAUAUUUUUGAUCAAGUUCUUCAUCUUCGGCGAGCCCCCGACGGCCGACAGUCGCGCAGCAACUCGAGCAGCCCUCCGCCGCCAACGAACCCUCUCGCAUGCCUCGUCCUUGCGCCGUCGCUCCUUGUCCGACCUCCGUCUUCGCAAACGCAGUUCCGCUGCUGUCCUCGCUCCACGAAACAUCUCGUCCGGUGGCUCCGUUCUCACGACAGACCAGAUCUUGGAAAAGACCUACUACAAUGUCGAUGGACACCAGCCUGAGAGUCUGGACUGGUUCAAUGUCUUGAUUGCGCAGACAAUCUCCCAGCUGCGCGCAGACGCCCUCGAAGGAGAUGCCGUGCUGAAUUCCCUCACAACCGCUCUUAAUGGUGGACAACGACCACACUUCAUCGAUGAGAUCAAGGUGACCGAGAUCUCGUUGGGAGAAGAAUUCCCAAUCUUCAGUAACUGUAGAGUCAUCCCUGUCGACGAAAAUGGUCAACCCGUCAAACCCAUGCCUACUAGGAAGGGUGCGAACAGAGGAGGAUUGGGCGAGAGCAGAUUGCAAGCACGUAUGGACGUCGAUCUUUCAGACGUCGUCACCUUGGGCAUCGAGACAAAACUCGUCCUGAACUAUCCCAAGCCUUUCUCCGCCGUCCUGCCUGUCGCUUUGGCUGUCUCGGUUGUCCGCUUCUCUGGUACUCUCUCCCUCUCCUUUACCCCUUCGCAACAACCAGAUGCUCCCGUCAACGAGUCCGAGUCAUCCUCCGCAAACCCAUCAGCCUCGCCGACUACCCUAACUUUCACCUUCCUCGACGACUAUCGAUUGGACCUUUCUGUACACUCUCUGAUCGGCUCCCGCGCUCGUCUGCAAGACGUACCCAAAAUCGCUCAAUUGGUAGAACAGCGUAUUCAUGCUUGGUUCGACGAACGCUGCGUGGAACCUCGUUUCCAGCAGAUUGUCCUCCCCUCACUAUGGCCGCGUAAGAAGAACGUCCGUGGAGGCACCGACGAG